AUGCCUGUCAAGACCGCCAAAACCGAACCUCACCAUGAGUCUACCCUUACAAAACUCAUCGACUGUUGGAGAAAGGGAGUGAGGAAGCCCGACGUCGCAAGAUUUCGAUCAUGCGCGCAUCGACGGCCUCCUGGAUGUGACGUUGGAGGCUGCUGGAGGUUUGCGGCGCUCACCGAAGACGAGUUCAUUGACGUGGACAGAUCCCCUACAUACACUGUCACCACACUCGAGCCAGAUGAGCGGAUAUUUGAAGUCGCCAUGAGGGAGGACACAGUUGAUCCGGCCCCUCGACUGGCCCGAGAGAAAAACCACAAAAGGUCGACGAUAGUGACCAUCAUUCGGUCAAGGGGUGCCACGUAG